GGGAGCUCCGCCAAACGGGCGCGCACGCUCGCUCCCCGCGGAACCCCGCCGCUCGCGCUGAGCUGUCCUGUCCCGGAGGCGCUCCCGAGCUGCCCGGCCGCCAACAUGGCCGAGACGAGCGAGGAGGUGGCGGUGCUGGUGCAGCGGGUGGUGAAGGACAUCACCAACGCCUUCCGGAGGAACCCGCACAUAGAUGAAAUUGGCCUGAUCCCAUGUCCUGAAGCUAGAUAUAACCGGAGCCCCAUAGUCCUGGUUGAAAACAAACUUGGUGUGGAGAGCUGGUGUGUCAAGUUCCUUUUACCGUAUGUCCACAACAAGCUCAUUUUGUACAGAACAAGAAAGCAAUGGCUGAACAAAGAUGAACUGAUAGAUGUCACACGCACUCUGCUGCUUCUAAACCCAGACUUUACCACGGCAUGGAACAUGAGAAAAGAGCUGAUCCUCUCUGGCACUUUAAAUCCAAUUAAGGAUUUACAUCUGGGAAAACUGGCCUUAACUAAGUUUCCAAAGAGUCCAGAAACAUGGAUUCACAGACGAUGGGUGCUACAGCAGCUACUUCAGGAAACCUCCUUGCCUUCCUUUGUGACCAAAGGAAACUUGGGAACAAUUCCUGCGGAAAGGACUCAGCGACUAAUACGAGAAGAGAUGGAGGUCUGUGGUGAAGCGGCAGGGAGAUACCCAAGCAACUAUAAUGCCUGGUCCCAUCGCAUCUGGGUUUUACAACACCUGGCCAAGCUAGAUAUCAAGAUUCUUCUUGAUGAACUAUCUUCUACUAAACACUGGGCAUCCAUGCACGUUUCAGACCACAGCGGAUUUCACUACCGCCAGUUUUUGCUAAAGUCUUUGACUAGCCAAACUGUGAAAGACAGUUCUGUGUUGGAGCAAAACCCUUUGAGAAGUGAGCCAGCCCAACUCCUUCCACAAGAUGAAGCAGCAGCAGCUUCCACAGAGGAACCGAGGAUAAAUAUUCCCCAUCUUCUAGAGAAAGAAGUUGAAUUCACCACUGAUCUGAUUGAUUCCUACCCAGGACAUGAGACCCUUUGGUGUCAUAGGCGGCAUGUUUUCUACCUUCAGCAUCACUUAAGCGGUAGUUUUCCUCACAGUAUGACCACAUUGUCAACUGCAGACAGCCUUGUGGGGACUUCAAGUGACUUGCACCACAUCCCAACAGGCCCUCGCACAGCUCAGGCAAUGGAAGUGGAUGGAUUGAGUGACUCAAGCAAGCAAGGCUAUUCCCAGGAAACAAAACGCUUGAAGCGGACCCCAGCUCCACAUUCUGUAGGCUUGGAAAUGGAACAUAGGUUCAUCGAUCAAGUGUUGUCCACUUGCCGGAAUGUAGAGCAGGCCAGGUUUGCCAAUGCAUAUAGGAAAUGGCUGGGUACGUUGGGUCAAUGAAGAAGGUGGACUAUUCCUGCAAGGUUCCCCUUUUAGUGCAAUAUUGCUUUCCUUUCUUAUUUACAUAGCUGCAUGAACCGUCUGCUAUUAGCUAACCACAUAUUCUUCAUCUUCAGGUUAAAAAUCCAAGACCUUUCAUCUUAUUUAUUUUGUUAAGAACUGGCAUUCCUUUGGGGACAAAAUAAUUGUGUACUUUCUUCCUGCUAAACAGUGAGUCUUCUCGUCCUUUCUAUUUCUAGACUUGUAUAUUUCUAAAAGAAGCCUUUCAGGCUUCUUAUUUGGUUCUCCUAGCUAGUUCAACACCUCCACCCAUCUCUGGAUAGACUAAUUUUUUAAAAAAUUAAAAAUGUAUGUUGUAGUUAAGCUUAGAAACAGUACAAAUGCAAAAUUACCCAAUCUAAUUGUUGUUUUGAGAAUCAAAUAGCCAGAUGGAUGGUUAUGUGAAUAUACAAACCAUUUCUUUCUCUAACAUGUUUUACAAGUUAUAGACCAAGAUAACCAAAGUCAGACUGUUGGAACUUAUAUGAAAAACAUGCUUCCGAUGUAAUCCAUUUUUAAAAUGGUAUUUUAAAAAUAAUAAUAAUUUUAAGAGUUUAUGUAAUUGCAGUACUGGAAAAUUGUUUUUAUUACUAGUUUUGAUAGAUUGUUUUUAACCUCAAAUUUGGUAUAUGCCAAAAACAUUUAGAUCAAUGCUUAUAAAAUCAACUAAAAAAAUCUGGAAUGCCAUUUUUAGUUAUUACUACUUAUUUUCCUUCCAAUUUACCAUAAAAAAUGGGAGAAAUAAUGCAUAGAAAUGUAUCCAUAAAAAGUUUCCUUUUUAAAAACUUAAGUUAUUGAGGAUACACUGGAUAAACUACAAAAUUUUUAUGAAAUGAUUAUUAAAGAUUUACUGGCAAAAGCCAGGGAGACAGAAUAAUUUUGAAGGUUAAUUCUUUAAUCUUUAUUUUAAAAAAUAAAACAAUUAAAAAACUUUGAUACUAAACUUAUCAGGGAUGAGAUACCAAAGUAUCCACCUUAUAGCUAUCUUUUACCUUUUCAAUAACAAGGGCUGUUUUUUUUCAGGUUGGUUGGGCUGAGGGUGGAGUUAGAGGGGUAGCAGGUAAUGUCUAUUUUCCAUUAUUAUAUUUUCUGUUAUUAUUAUAUUUCCCAUUCAUAAGAGGUCUGUGUUCCUUAUUUCCACAUACCUGUCUCUUUAUUUUCCCAAUCUGUUCCUUAUUUUUGGUCACUUUCUCCUUUGUCUGUUUUUCCUUAUCUGUGUUGUUUCAGGGACAUAUUCUGAAGAUAUUCUUCCCUAUUUCCAAUGAAUUCCAUAUUCCAUUAAACACACGCACACAUGAAAUAUGAAUAUGAGCUGCUCCUCUAAAAGUUCCUCUGGUGAUGGAAGCUGUCUUGCCCUGUGUAUGUAAAGAAUGUGAGUCAUAGUGGCAGAAACCAUUGUGGCCACCAUGUUUUAUAUGUUCUCCUUUACUAGCUAGGGCACCCAUAGUGCAAAGAGAUGAUGUAGGGAAAGGCAGACCUUUCCUAUCACUGUUAUGGAAACUCUGGAAUUCAAUGAGACAUAUUGCUGUAAGAGAAAAGAAUAAGUCCUUUACUUAUGCAUCAUGAUUUUGUUGAGUGGCAAAAUGUUGAGACUUAAGAACACUAGAAAAAUUCUCCAGGCUGGUUCCUAUAGACAGAAGGUGCUCUUACCUCUGAGGGCAAAAUUAUCCUUUUGUAGCUUUUACAGUAUUUUAGUGAGAAAAUAAUUGUCAUUAUAAACAUAAUUCCAUGGCCCUUUGUGUGCAAGGCAUAUUUUGAAUCAAAUACCUCAAAGAUAAACCAUUAAUUUGUGAUCUUCAGCAUCUACAGGUACUGAGGGGAAAUUACAAAAGAGAUGGCAUGGGAAAUUCAGCUCAUUCCACUAAUAUAUGUUGCCAAAUUCUGGCUUCACUCAGUAUUACCUUUUUUCUAAGCAUCAUUUUAAGUAGCCCAACUUGAAGGGCUUCUAAAUUCUUUAAUGUUAGAAUGUUCAGGACAUGAAUAUAGAAAGAAAAAAAAAUCUGUGAAACAGCAGCUAAAAUUUAUCGUGCUCCACAUUAAAAAAUAUAUUUGUAUUGAUUUCAGAAUAAGGAAAAGAAGGGAGAAGAAGAGAGAGAGAUAAACAUCAUUGGUGAGAGAGAAUCAUAGAUUGGCUGCCUUCUGCAUAGGAUCCUCUACUAAGGAACUAGCAACUUAGGCAUGUGCCCUGACUGAGAACUGAACCAUGACCUCUUGGUUCUAAGGUUGUCUGUCAUUCAACCACUGAGCCACACUGGUCGGGUCACAUUUUUUAUACCUUUCACAGACGAUCUUGCUCAUCUUGUUAACUGUCUUCAUCUGUUUUAAGUCUCUUAACUCACCACUUUCUGAAAUCAUGCAAUUCUUUAAUAUCUUGGUCUCUCGUCCUCCUAAUAAAGUUUUAAGGAGGAGUGAAAAUACAAAUAUUCAGAGGGUACUGUUUGUACAACUUUUUUGUGCUGUUUUUAAAAAUUUUAUUUUUAAGUGUUCAUCCACAGAAAAACCUAGUAUUGUCCUAUAUGGUUGUAUUUUUCCCCCCUAAAUGGUUGACACCUAAACUCACUAGCUGUCGCAUAAUAUCUCUUUGACUGAAUGAGCUCAUUCAGAGGAAAGGAUGUAUCUAUUUUUUGGGAUGUUAGUCUUCACUUACUUUCUAUAAAUAUGUCAUUGUUAAAAGAUGGUUUAGGUUGACAUACAUUUCAUCAAACUUUUACUGUAAGAAUAGUACACCCAGUGGGUCAUACAUACCACUGACAUGAAGAAACAGCUUGUCAAUAUCUUCACACCACCACUAAUCCAUCCUUUAGUGCACCUGUUUUGAUAAUACGGUGUUUCCAAAUUCUACUUGCACAUUGUGAAGGUUUGUUAAAUAUGUAUUCAAUUAAUGAAGGACUAACUGUUUGAAGAGGGGAAAGAUUGAUCAUGAGUGACUGGUGAGUUAUGAUUGAGAAAUUAAUGGAUUAAAGCAAUGGGCUGUGAAUGAAUGAUAUAUUCUAGCUUUGUGAUUCUUUAGUGGAGCUAUUGCAUAUUGAAUAAGUUAAUUUUAUAUAGCAGUUUUGUUUAAGCUUGUUAAAUCCCAUCCAAGAAGUAUAGCUCUGUAAUUACCAAUUAAUUGUACUUUAAUACAUACUAAAAAUCAUAGGACUAAUGAAGCCUGCUUGCAUUAAGAACACUGUUUUCUGUUACGAUGUUGCAGAAAAAUCUUACCAAUAUAGCCAGAAGUCACUUAGGGGCAUCUGAAGAAAUUCUCUAAUUGAUCUGUACCAGUGGAUGGAUAGUCAUUUUGUACUUCUCCUUUUCCCUUCCCAAACUUGAACUGUGGACUUUCUAGAUAUUUCUUAAACCUCUGUAAAUCAUUUUUUAAAUUUAAGGAUUUGGUACUUUAUGUUCCAUUUUUCUUUUCUAGGUUCUAGCAUUUUAUUGCCUUUUUGGAAACUAUGGACACAGACUUUUAGUCAUUUCUUAUUCUUAUGGUACGGUUCUAAUUUUUAGUUAAAGGCUCCAUGAUUGAUAGGACUAAAUGUAUACAGAAUGUCACUAAAAGCCACUUAAAUCUUCAGGUAAGGGCUUACGUAACAAGAGGUGGAAACUAGUUCUUGGAUUUGUAUGUGGCAUUUUGUAGGAAAACAUAUAUGGGGGUAGACCUUGUGUCAUUUAGUAGAUGCAUUCAGGUCAUAUCAGCUCAUGCUUAUUGAGACACACACACUGAGAGAGAAGGGGGGGGAGAGAAAAUAUGUGUGUGUAUAAAGAGAACUUUUAAUAUUGUUGAGAACAAGUUAUCAGUCUAGUAAUUUUAUAUAGCACAGAUGGUAUCUGACACAGGCGCUGAGUACAAUUUGGGAGUGCAGCUACCACUUAUACAAUAAUCUGUCUCAACCUCAGUUCCCUGAAUUACAGAAGAUGCUAAAGAUUUAGUUAACCCAGGAAGUAACAUAUAAUCUUUUUUCCCAUAAAGCUUUUGUAAGCUUACAGUUAUUUUGUUACUAGAAAUUUUUAUUUUAAAACUUAAAUGUUUAAAUUAUGCUAGAAAAUUUGAAUAGCAUUGUACCAACUGAACUUUUUGUCUUCUGAAUAAAUUUCUCAAAUAGAACCACUGCAAAUGCUGUCACUUUACAGACGUACCGCUGCUUCCCAUGCUUGGGGGAACUCUGCCCUGUGCUCCUGUUCAAUGAAGUGCAUUGGGGCCCAGGGAUCUUAGGCAGUUCAGUGUGAUGCAGGCAGUAAGCAGGGAAAAUCAGCCCAAGAAGUCUACUUAAUAUCACACAGUGUCUUUUAAAAAUAACUAUACAUACUGUGUUAAUUCGAGUGCCUUUCUUUUGUGGGGAGCAAGAUUAUAUUUAAGUCUAAUGUUCAGGUAAAAAAUAGAGGACAGAAGUUUUAUUGAACUGUUGAUUGUGACUCAUUCCAAUUGCUAGGCAUGGUUCCCAUGGAGUAUUUUAUCUAAUGAGAUACUGAUAUGAGCAGAUGGGAUGAUUUGGUUUGCAUUUCAUUAGUUAUGUUUAAGCACCCUACCAAGAAUUCAUUCUUCUGUGGGGUUGAAGGCAUCACAUGUAAAGUAUUGCAUGUGUGUAAUGAAACAUCAGCCUGGAACCCACGCAGCCUGUGUUCAAAGGGAAACUGGCUCCUUCCGCUGAAAGAAAUGCAGUAUGAUUGUCCUAAAUGAAUAUUUUGCCUCACUUUAAGGACUUCCAAGAAUUACCUCUCAAAUCCAGGCCUAUGUUAAGAUAGUUGGAAGGAAAAUUAAUGGGAACUUUAUCCUUUCAAAUAUUAGAGGAAAAGAAGCAAAUACUGAGAUGAAAUUUCACAUGUGGCAUUUUAUGUACUUUGGGUAUGUAAAGGGGAGGGAUGGGAAUUCCAUAUUUCAAAAUAGCAAAUAAUUUUUAAUUGUAAUUUUAUAAAAAUAAAUAGCUAAGGAUUCCAAAGUGCUUUUCAGAGGACUGUUGAAUAACAUAUUCCAGUAAUAUAUGUCAUGUUCAUAGUUGAGACAGAAAACCAUUGUAUCUGUUGGGAUCUGGGGUUGGGGUAGCCUUCAGCUCCCAACUCUCCCGGCAUGUUAACGCUGUAAAACCAAACUCUGGUAGGAAAAAGCAAAAGAGAGAAAAAGAGAGAGAAGGCAGCAGUUUCAUCUGCUCAUGAAACCUUGUGCUUCCAAGAAUAUAAGCUAUAUAUAUAUUUUGUGCUUUGGGGCAAUAAUAUGUUCCACAAAACUGACCCUGGCAUUUCUUUUAAAUUAGUCUGUUAUUAUUCCUCAGGGUGUAGAAGAUUUAGUAAAUUUAGGACAAAAUUUUAUAUUCAGUGGCAAAUAAGAAAAGGCAAAAAUAUGCUAAAUAUAUUACUAGUUCUUAAAACGGUAGUGUACAUAGUAUUUUUUAUGAACCACUACCAGUGCGGUAGCACAUAGAUGCUUCGUGACUGCCUCAUUGUUCAUCAUGCUUCUUCAGUCCCUAUGGCUCUAUUAGGAAUGUUCUCCACGUGUCUUGUCUGGAAACAAUUAUUUUUCAUGUUUGACAGAGAUAGGGGUGUUUCAGUGACAUUUUCAGUUUUUGGAAAUCCUACUGAGGAAAAUGAUUACUGUUUUCAAACUAACUGACAACUAUUUUGCUUCUUAAAACUUCAGGUUCCCUAAAAGGGUGUUUUUUGUACAUGUUCAAUACAUUGCAUAGUGCUCCUUGUAGAAAUACAACAGGUCAGAAUUGUUAAAGGCCAGAAAAUUGAAACUAGCUUUCCUCUGUCUUCUCACCAUUAUCCCUAUUCUUAGUUUUAGGAGAAAUGAAGUGCAUAAGAUACAUAAUCAAGUUCAAACAUGCAAGGCAAAGACUGUAAGUGAAAUUUAGGUACUUUUAAAGCAUAUGUGUAUGUGUGUACACAUAUAUAUGUAUGUACAUCUUAAUCAGAUUCAGAACUUGAAUUUAUAUUGUGGUUUUACAAAGAAUUUUAUCUAAGGAUUUUUAUUUUCGUAUUUGCUUACAGUGCUCCUUUUUAAAGGCUUUUUUUUUUUUUUAGACCAACUCCCUCAAGCAAAAUUGGGACCCUAACACAAGUACCCAUUUGCCUGAAUUAAUCAGAUAUUAAUGUAAAACGCUAUUAAGUCUUUGGUUGCUCACAAACCAUGAUUUUCUGGCUUUUCUUCCAUAUCGUUAGGGAAUCAGCCUUAAUUUUAUGUGUUUCAGUCACUUUCCUUAAAGUACUAUGCACCGUACUUCAGAUGGUUAUUUUUGUCUUUAUAAAGUAAUCAAUAAUAAAUUGAAGUUUCUUAAUGUCAAAGGGAUGAACAAUUUUACAUGUCCAGAUGUUGACUCGUACAGCAUUCAAUAAAAAGUGCUCAUACAUUAUCUUCCCUCACAAAUAUCAUCUGGCAUUUGAAGUAGGUCUUUUUUUCUUAUUGGUUAAAGAAAGAGAGUAAACAAUGCAGUCAUAGUAGGUGCUCAAUAAAUAGUCAUUUAUUGAUCUACUAUCAAGAUAAUUGAGCUUUCAGAAAGGAGACUGUUGUCACCUUUCACUGAGGAGUCUAUUUUUAGAGUAAUAUAUGUUUGAAACUGAAAAAUUACAUCAUGGGAUAUGAAUUUUCAGGCUUAUUUCGGUUGGCGUUAGUAACAUGUAAUGAAACUUGUUCAUGUAGAUUGGUCUGAUAGGGGAUGUGAAAAGUUGAAGUAGCUUUUUGUGCAAGGCACAGUAAUAAAUGCAGCUGUCUUCGUAGGCUGCUGAAUGAGAGAGAACUGCUGUAGUCUUCUGCAAUCAGUUUCUAUUUGGUGUAUCCAGUAUUACCUGGUUUGAAUUCUGUUUAUUUCCCCCUAAAUCUUGGUUGCUCUCCAGUAUCUUAAAAGUGGUGGUGAUAAAAUAUUAAUUAAUUUCUUGCUACUUUUCUCAGAACAUCUUUAAAGUAAGGGAGACAUUUUUAUGAAUGAUAUAGUAGUUUCAGAAUCUGCUCAUUUGUGGCUUUCAGAGCAUUUUGGAAUGCUCUGUAAUUCUAAUGGAAAUUAGAAACAGAUUUAAACAAUUAAACAUUCCAGCCUGAGCUGUGAGGAGCAGAGUGUGGAGCAUAGUUGUAAUUGGGUAUUGGCUCCCGAAGAGGUUCCUGAUGCAUGACUCUGAGGCUGGCUUCUGGCUGGGGUGACCACUGGCAGUAUUGUGAUUUGGUGUGUGUUGUUCCUAGGAGAAUAAUGGAAUGUGCACUAGAUUAACUUGUUUUUAAGUUGGACAGAAUAAAAGUUGAGGUAUUAUAAGCAUGCCAAAUAUUUAUACACUCAAUUAUAAAAACUAGAAAAAGAAAGGAGAAGAAAAUGAUGAAAGGUCAAUGAUUUUUUUUUUUUCAGUAGCUUUUAAAAUUUUUUAAAUGCAAAUCUCUUGGACACUAGGCUGUUGCUUCAACACUGAGAGACUUUAAGGGAUAGUUCUCAGAUACUAUAUUCUGCUAUUAGAAUUCGCCAUGCGUAUUAAUUUGACAUUACUUGAAGAUUUUCCCAAAAAAUGGAGUAUUUAAAUAAGGUGCAGUCAAUAUUGUGUUAAGAUUCUCUUACAGGUUAUGGUUAAAUAGACAAGUUACAUAUAGGAUCUGUGGUGCAAGGUCAGAUCCUGGGCAUUAAAUGUUUGGCUAAUAAUUUAUUUCCCUGAAGAUAAUAAUUGUCUUCAUUCUGAUUGCAUUGCUAUUUAAGAAAAUCUGUCCUUCUCCACACCCUAAAAAACAGUCAUUGAAUUUCCUUCAAUUCUCACCAUAUAAUAAUUGACACUUUUAAGGAUUAUUUUUACCCUUGAACUGUAUACUUUGCAGAAGGGUAAAAAUAAAUUCUGCAGUAAUGUGUAUGCAGAGGGUGCUCAUGUGUUCUGGGAGUCAGUACUCCACAGUGCUUAAAGUAUGAUGCUAAGUUCUAAGGCUAAUGUCAUAAUUAGAGAUUGCCUACAUCAGCUCUAUCCAAUAGAAAUGAAUGUGAGCCACAUAUGUAAUUUUUAAUUUUUUAAAAAGGUGAAAUUAAUGUUAAUAUUUUUAUUUAAUCCAAUAUAUUAAACAUGUUGUUAUGUAAGUAUGUAAUCAGUAUACAAAAUUAUUGAGAUAUUUUACCUCUUUUUUUUAAAUUUAGCAUUGUAUUCAGAGUGCAUCUCAGUUCUGACUAGCUACAUUUCAAGUGCUCCAAUAGCCACAUGUGGCUAAGGGCUACUAUAUUGGACAGUGCAGAUUCAUAGGGUACAAAGUAUGACUUUAUUUUAAAUUGGGAGAUGGUAAAAGGUGGGGCAUGAAAUUAUGGUACUUUAAAAAUUAUUUACUAUACUUAGAAAAGUAUCUAAUAGGAUUAUCCACUCAUUUUCCUUCAUUUUAAAUUUGCUCUAGAAGUAGACUUACCCUGUUUCAGUUUGCCAAGUAUUACAUAAGAAGGAAGAAAUUCCAUGCCAUGUAAAAUACCAUGAUAUACUACUUAUAACAACACAUUAUCAAUAAUACAUUUUUCAUUGAGUUCACUAAAUUCUGUCCUGUUUCUUCAAAAUAAUAGCUUAAAUUGCAUGUUAAUUGUAUGUCUGUAUUUUUUUAUAUUCUUACUAUACAAUAAUGUGUAUUAACAGACAGCCUUAGGAUUCUGAUCUUCCUAUGUAGCUGUCUCCUAGUACUUACUAGUACACUUACUAAGUUGUAAUAAAUGGCAGAAAAGUAGAAUGACCCUUUUUUUUCUAUUAGAUUUGUUUUUAUCAUGUGAUCAUCAUGUACCAAGCCAGCUAUAAAUUACUGUAUUUCCGUAGAACAUGGAAAAUAGUGUUUAUGUCUUAUCUUGCUAAAUGUUUGCAGUUUCUAAGUAAACUUCUCAUCUCCUGAAA